AUGUCCUUUUCAGGUCCAGAAGUCAUCAUGAAAUUCAAGAAUAAGCAUACGGAUGACUACAUUGAAAUCUUCCGCGAUUUCGAAAUAAAGAAACGACAAAUUUCUCCGACCAAACAAGAAAAGGUUACGAUCCGUAUGCCUGCUAGUCUUUCAACACUAUGCAUCGAUAUGAGAAGCAAUGAUUUGAAAAGCUUAAUCUUACAGUCGCGUUUUGGCGGAAAAGUAAAAGUCCUCAGCGAUAAAUUGAAGGUAGAUGCUGAUGUAGUUAAAGAGUUCUUCGGGCCAACUGUCCGAAACAUAAUCGAUCAUGUUGCUACUCUACUGAAGGAGCCGUCAGUCCAUGGUUGUGCUGCUAUUCUAAUGGUCGGUGGAUUCUCUGCAUCACCAAUGUUACAAGAGAGCGUGCAGGCAAAAUUUCGAAAUCUAAGAGUAAUUGUUCCUGAUGAUGCUGGCUUAGCAGUGUUGAAAGGAGCUGUCAUCUUCGGUCAUGAACCUACAGCAAUCACUGAAAGGGUCUGCAAGUAUACAUACGGAACAGGUACAACCCAUCAGUACAAUGGAACAUGCGAACAUCCUGAAGGAAAAGUCGAAAGUGAUAAAAAUGGAAACCUGCGAUGUUACAAUAUUUUUAGCAUCCAUGCCCGUUCUGGCCAGUCUGUCAAACUCAAUGAAGAACAGCCGGAACAGAUUUAUAGACCCGUAUCUGACGACCAAACAAAGAUUGGUUUCAAGAUAUAUUCAUCAUCUACAGCACAUCCGCAUUUUAUUACCGAAGAAGGAUGCAGCCUUAUUGGAGAGUUCACGAUUCCUAUUUCCGACACAAGUUUGGGAAGUAAUCAUGCGUUUGGUACGAGUUUUAUAUUUGGCGGGACAGAAAUAGUUGUGAAAGUUGAAGACAAGGCAACAGGCGAAGUAACUCUUGAAUCAGUCAAUUUUCUUGGAUGA